UCUUUAGUUUUUCUCGGACGCUUGUAAUGGUUGGAUGGGUUACCGUCGAAGUUCGGUGCUGCUGGCGAUAGUGCUGGUGCCUUGGUUGGUGGUGGAGAAUCCUUUCGCAGAACCUCAAAAGUAGUCGCCGUCGUCGUCGUGUCCAAGCAUCGCGCGCCCGCCGGGAUCGGAAGUGACCCUCCAAGGCCAGUUGAUUUUAGUCGGUUCGUCGUGCCGUGGCCAUUAGCGCAAAAGUUUAGAAAAAAGUUGAUGUAUUUUUUCGCGAAUUUUUGACAGCUGCCACAUUUCGCACAGCCCGAAAAGGUGAAGGAGGAAGAAAAUACCGAAUAAAAAAAACGCAGAACGAUUCGCGAAAGGAGAGCAAAAUAAAAAGAAGGCAGAGAAGAGAGAUAGAGCGAGAGAGAGGGAGAGUAGACGAGUGAGUGAGUGGAUGCGCGCGCGAGGGUGGAAAAGCAAGCAUUGACGACGGGGGGGUUGCAAAAGUGUCCCAAACGCACACACACGCACGUGGUGAGAGGGCGCGCACAAAGAGGGAGAGGGUGGCGAAAAGAAUACAGUUGCGCGCGGCUCAGUACAGAGAUUUCUUCGCUGUGUGUGUUGUCAGUGGUUGACUGGCUGUGGUAAAUCGCGCGAUAAGAACCGCGUCAAGUGUCUGUUGUCCAGGUUUGUUUACAGUUUUUUUUUCUGCGCCGCCACUGCUGCUGAGCUGUUUUCGACUCGACUGGACGACGAGGUCGACGGUGUGAAGAUCAACGCACACUCUCAAGUGGAUUUAAGUCGCGGGGGUGUCGCGCGAAAAUUGCUUUAAUUUCGCGGAAAAUUUGCUCGUUCCGAGUGCUUUGAAGAACGAAUCCAAUAAAUUUAAACCCCCUUCGCCAUUAAUCUGUCACAAACAGAGCCGGUGUGUCUGCGUCCAACGAUGAGAAUUGUGUCAACCAGAUCGUGAAAAUCGUUUUCCAUCGGAAAAAAUUGCGUGAGUGCGUGAAUUAAUUCGUGAAAAGAAAUCAACCGCAGCAGCCACUAACACACAUACACACACACAAAAAUGUACCCCAAACCACGUGGAUUACAGUGCAAAAUGUCCCAAGCCGUUCGGCUGUGGGUGUUCCUGGUGGCAGCAGUGGCGACACUGGGCCUGGUCGCGGCCAAAAGUGUUGACCAGCAGCAGCAGCACGAACUGCUCAGCUGCGAACACGUCAGUAACUUCUUCUCCUCGAUCAAUGUCACAAUCAAGCCGACCAACAAAAAUCAAGGCAACGUUUGUGGCGGUCCCUGCUGUGAUAAUCAGGUGGAGAGCCAGCUGGAGGUGAAAGCCACCAAGAACUUUGAACGACUAGUCAAACACCACACGCGCAGCCAACGGGGGCACUGGGAGCAGACGGCCAACCUGUACCGGGAUUAUCUGCUGCAGCUUUCGCGCCAGUCCGAGAACAAAACGCUGAAUCUGUUCUCGACGGUGUAUCGCAAGAUGUCACCGCUGUCCCGGGAACCGAUCCUGGAGCUGUACGAAACGAUCCGGAACCACCUGACGGCGGCGUCCUUCACCGACGAUCUCGGUCUAGUCACGGACAAGUUUUUCCGGAAUCUGUUCCCCGUGGCGUACCACCACGCGGUUGUCCACGCCGACAAGGACGUCGACUUCCACAGCGACUACAAGAACUGUCUGAUCCACACGUACGACGAGCUGAAACCGUUCGGCGAGAUUCCCCAGCAGCUGUCGAGUUCGCUGGUGGCCAGUGUGAGUGCGGCCAGCGUUCUUCUCCGAGUACUCCGGGAAGGUGCCGAAGUGCUCAACAAACUGGACGAACUCGGCACCGAGAACCUGCAGGGAUCCUGCAAAUCCGCCCUGCUCAAGAUGAGCUACUGUGCCAGCUGCAAGCGACACAACCAUAACCACGCGAAACCGUGCGCCGGACUGUGCAAGAAUGUGAUGAGGGGCUGUCUGAUGCAGUACGUCGGCAUCCUGAACCAGGACUGGUUCACGUUCACGGACGCCAUCGUGCCGCUGAUAAAUGCGGUCCGGUCGAACGACGGAAUCGAGGCCGAAAUCAAGGGCCUGGACGGGAAGCUGUCCAGCGCCAUCAUGCACGCGAUGGAGAACGGGCCCCAGCUGGAGGUUAAGGUCAAGAAAGCGUGCGGAACGCCCUCGCUGAUGCAGAACGACAACCUGGCCGGGGCGUACGAGCAGUCGGCGGCACCGACCCUCCACAGCAACAAGUGGAUCCUGGCGCCCAUCAACGAGAUGCUCCAGUUCGAGAUGACCAUCGACAAGAACAAGGACCUGUUUCUGCAACUGUCGUCAACCCUCUGCGACGACGAGGACUACCACAGCAGCGACGAUGACUGCUGGACCGGGUCGCACUACGGUGACUACACGCACGAGGUCGCCUCGACCACGGCCCAGAAGUACAACCCCGAGGUGCCAUACAGCAGCGCGACCGAGAGCCGCGAGUUCCCGCGGGACAGCCGGCUGCAGGUGCUGAUCGACAAGCUGAUCAACCUGAAGAACGCGGCCACCAAGGCGGUCUCGAGCAACGCGUUCCGCAGCGACUCCGACAAGAUGCUGUCCGAUAUGGCGGAAGGUUCGGGCCACACCUACCCGGAGGAGUACGACUCGAACGAGGACGACGAGUACAGCGAGAACGGUUCGGGAUCGGGUGAAGCAGGUCCAGGCCGGCGGGGUCCAGGCGUGGAGAUCACCGACGAGGUGCAGAGCAACUUUACGCCGUCGGUCAACCCGAGCCACGCGUACCGAAUCUCCGCUGCGAGCUCGUCCCUGGUGCUGGCCACGUGUGUGGCACUUUUGCUAGCCAGCAGGCACUAAGUUGCUUCCGUUAUCGUCGUGUGUCGUGUCUCAAACUGCAACAAACCCCCUCUUCAUUCAGGAACAAUCCCCCGGCGGCGGCGCGGACGCCACUCGAGAAGCCCCGCGCACGAAAGUCAAAACCCCCCGUAGAGCUGUAAAAUCAUUAGUAGUACUAGGAAAUAACAAAUCUAUUCGUAGCAGAGCCGGUGUAAAUCAAUUGUGUACCAUUGUGAGAGCUGAAAGGUGUGUGUGCGCGAAAUCCCCCGAAACAACACGAAAAAAAGCUUAAGCUUGGGCAAGCAUCGAUCGUGUCCGGAAGCCAUGAAUUUUCAACUGAUUUCAUUGAUUAGAUUAACGAAGGGGGAAGGUGGGGGGAAAAGUGCGCAACAACGCAACAAACUAAUAAGCUCAAGCAAUAAGUUGAUAUUCGUUGUGUUUGUACUCAAGAAGCAACCAACAUUCAUGAAACAAUGUGUAUACAACAGAAGGUAACUGAGCAAUUUCUUUGAAAACUAUUAUUUUUGAAUUUGACCGAGAUUUUGUGGGUACUUUGUCUAUGUACAAAGAAGCAAUUUUGCAUCAUUGGUUCAUCGAUACAAAUGUUUAUCUGGAACACAUAAAAAUUCCACUAAAUAAAAAUAUCUUUGAAAACUUUAUUUUGGAUAUGUUUUAGAACUUCGAUUCUCAACAUUCUCCUAGGUUGGUUCCCCCUGCCACUGUGAAGUCGCAACCGGGACUCCAUGAGACACGACAUUCCGGACGCAGCUGCUUUCGUCGUGUCCUGAUCUGGAUUCCGCCAACCGCUUCCAGCACAACUCAAUCACACUCACACUUAAUUCAAGUCGGUCGGUUGAGAAACCUUGAUCCAGAUGUAAUAUUUUGACUUCCGAAAAGACGUAUUUUUUAAUAAAUACUAAUUAAAAUCAUUCAAGAGAAAAGUAAACGAAAACGUCUGCAAUGUUUACGCGUUCCACGAGGCGAGUGAAAAUUUCUGACAGCGCACGCUUUGUUUUGAUUUUUUUUCCGUUUAAUCGCCGUCAGGUUGGCAGCUAUGCGUAUGGGCUGCACGCUGAACUGCGUCUACGCAAAGUUGGGUACAAUUUAGCUAAGUUAAGUAAUUAUUUGAAACCAAUUUUGGAAUAUUUUGAUAACAGUUUCGCAUGAAAAACUUUUCAAAACUGUGUGAUUUUUUUAUGCGAGCUGAUAAUGCAAAAUUCUUGGUAAAAUUACUUAUUUUGACAUAGAGUAAGUAUCACAAAGCUUCAGUCAAAUAAAAAAAUGCAACAAAAAAUCGUUCAAAGUUACAGAGAAUUGCUCAACCAGCCCUUUUUCAAAAUGUUCUGCUUUCGUUAAUUUCUGGCAGUUUGGGAGCAGUUCUAAAAAAAAUGCAAAGUGUACAAAUUUUACCAAGCAAACAAAAGCAAAUCUCAUUUACCGUUCUGAGGGAAACAAAGGCAACAAACUUUGUUAUUAUUUUUUUCUUUUCUCUAAAUGCAUUAUUUUAUCGUCAACACUUUUUUGUAGUUUUAAAACACGUACAAGUAUCGCAUCCAGAAGUCCGAGUCGCCAUAUUUAAUUAAAGAAACACAAGAACAACAAGCAAAAAUACAAUACUUAUUUAGGUACGUACUCAGAGAAUCCGAUAAAACUUGUGUGUAAUGGAUAAAAACAAACAAAAAAAUCGCUUGUCGCCGUCGUACGUGUGUGUGUUGGAGGAAAAGAAUGUUUAAUUUACUAACACCCCACACGCGGUCAAACCAAUCAUGCUCCCCAAUUUUCCUCAAAACGGAAGAAAAGUAAAGUUAAAACAAAUGAUUAAUGGUACUGUAGUUAGAAGUUUUAAAUUAAAGAGGAUUAACGUUUAGUUUUCAAUGCUAGUGGAACAACUGUAAAUAAUAUUAAUAAUGCUAAUAUAUUCUAUAGGCGUACGCAGAGAGAGAGAGAGGAAAACAAGAGAUACUGUGCAGUUAUUGGAAACGAUUCAAUGCUAGUUAACACAAAAAAAAGUAAAUCUUUCGGAACUACCAAAAAAAAGGCAGCGCAGCAAAACGAAACGCUAUUGUCGACGUGAACAAGUAUUAGAACCUUCUUCCAUUCUAGCAACAAGUCGAAAAGAAAAUAAACCUUUCUAUUGUUUCGCGACUACUUCUACUUAUUAAACAGCAUAGAAUUUUGUAAAUAAAAAAAUCCGUUUUCUCAAGCAAAUUAAACAAACAAAAAAUUUACCGUCUGCACACCACGUGACAAUACCCGCAAAUUAAACUCUGCAGCAAAUCUUCCGAGGACAAUUUUUACAAGCCAAUACUCAAAUCUACAAUCGGUGGUGUUCACACUGUUCACUCACAGCAGGAUCGUCAACUCUAGGAGAAGGUGCAGAACAAUGACGAUGGUUACCAAAUCAAAUGACGCUCCUAGACUGACGACGACGACGCGCUGGGCAAAUAUUCUCACCACACAAUCAGAACAAGUGUUUAAAGAAACAAUAGAAACAAGUAAUAAUUGGUCUAAUUGAAGCAGAUAAAACUAAAAACUAAACGCAAACAAAAAAGAAUCAUUAAAUGUAGCGCUCCUUCAAGAUAUAUAAAGUUCUGUUUUUUCUCCCAACAACAACAAGUGUGUAUAAAUUGGAUAGAGAAGUAGUGUGUUUGGCAGCAACAAAACAAAAAACAAACUAAAAUGGUCUAAUUAUUUUCUUGGCAGCGGAUUGAGAGAUGAACUGAGUGUGAGCUAAAGUUUGAAGCAAACGUUGGAAGGACGAGAGAGAGAGCGCGAGAAUUAGUUGAUUGUGUUUGAACUAUCUGUGAUUGAGCUAAGAAAAAGAGAGAAAAAUAAAACCAAGUAAAUAAGAAAGAAUGGCGAAAGGAAAAAGAAAGAAAGAAAAAAACUCUAAUAAUUUAUUGUUAUAAAAUUGUUGUUUAAAAAGAGUUCAAUGAAUCAUUUUGUCAACAAAUGCAAAAAUAAAAAUGCGAAGGAAUUUAAUCAUUUCAAAGGAACAGCGUUGCGCAGAAAAAGAAGGUGCGGUGGGGUCGCUUCCAAAUCGAAACGAAUUGCCAAGCCAGGUCGUGGGUCAAUCUGCCCCACAUUCGGCUUCCAGUGAUACUACUUAGGUUUAGGUGUUGAUUUUCAAAAUUUCAGUCAAAAUUUGACCCACGACUGCUCGGUUGGUGAUCGAGGAAGUGACCGACCACCCCCUUCGAGAUUGGAAGGAGAAUAAAAUGUACGUGUAAUUACAAAACAGAAAAUAAAGAAAGUGCGGUGCGCACGCACGUGCAAAGUUGAAUUGUUUUACCCGCGGCAUCUGGCAGAGGUAAUCGUAGUUGGAAAUUUUGUAUUUAUAAAAUAAAUACAGCAUAAAAACAGGAAGCAAAAUAUAUUUAAAAUAAUGUACCGGAGAUAACAAAUAAACAAAACAAAAAAAACACAA